GGAAAUGCUAGUAGUUUUUAUUUUAUAGCAGUGCUCAUGUGAAAUGUACAUAUACUAACAAAAAGGUUUCGUUUGUAAUAAGGAAAUAAGAUGAUGUAUCCAAACUCGGGACCAGGGAUAGCCCCACCCCCAACCGCAGAAUGUGUUUCUAAAGUGGAGCUUAGGUUGGAAUGUCGUAACCUGCUCAAUCUCGAUGUUAUGUCCAAGUCUGAUCCAUGUGCUGUCCUCUACAUGUCCCGCAGGGGAGGUCACUGGGAUGAGAUUGGACGGACUGAAAAUGUAAAGAAUUGUCUUGAUCCGAAAUUUGCUAAAAGUUUUACUAUCAGUUACUUCUUUGAAGAGGUUCAGAAAGUCCGAAUUGAAGUGUUCGAUUUGGAUAACACGACUCCACAGCUUUCUGAUGAUGACUUCCUAGGGCAGUUAGAAUGCACACUGGGUCAGCUGGUUUCUAACAGUCCUUAUACAAAGCCUCUGUUCUUAAAAAAUGGCAAAAAGGCUGGAAAUGGUGUUAUGACUAUUCGAGCUGAGGAAAUUAAGGAAGGUGGAGAAAUUGUUCAUCUGAAUUUUAAAGGAAAGAAACUUGAUAACAAGGAUUUUAUGGGUAAAUCUGAUCCUUAUUUAGAAAUACUCCGACCAGUGAGUGAUGGAAGCUGGCAGGUGGUGCACAGAACAGAGGUGAUCAAGAACAACCUGAAUCCCAGUUGGCGACCCAUUCAGAUUUCUCUCCAGUCUCUUUGUAAUGGAAACCGGACACAGUCCAUCAAGUUUGACGUUUAUGAUUGGGAUUCUGAUGGGUCACAUGACUACAUUGGAGGAUUUACAACAACUGUGGAAGAAAUGGAGAAAGCUCAACGACUCGAACAAUCAUGGCCAUUAAUAAACCCAAAGAAAAAAGCGAAGAAGAAAAGUUACACCAACUCAGGAAUCGUAUUGUUAUCAUCUUGUAAAAUAGUGAAGGAGCACUCAUUUUUAGAAUUUAUAUUUGGCGGAAUGCAGAUUAAUUUCACUGUAGGAAUAGAUUUCACCGCGUCAAACGGGAAUCCAGCUCAGCCGACGUCUCUGCACUACAUCAACCCAUACCAGCCCAAUGAGUACAUGCAGGCCAUCCGCGCCGUCGGAGAUGUCUGUCAGGACUACGACAGUGACAAGCUGUUUCCUGUGUUGGGUUUUGGAGCUAAGAUUCCACCCAACUGGCAAGUGUCUCAUGAGUUUGCAGUCAACUUCAACCUUCAGAACCCCUUUUGUGCUGGCAUUGACGGAGUUCUACAGGCGUACUCUAACUGUAUUCGCAGUGUCCAGCUGUACGGGCCGACCAAUGUGUCUCCAUUGAUUCAACAUGUCUCCAGGUUUGCUUUGGCGGCUCAGAGAGAAGAGCAACAGAAGGGAGCAGGCGCCUACUUUGUGUUGCUACUUCUGACUGAUGGAGUCCUCAGUGACAUGGCCAACACCAAGCAAGCGAUCGUCGAGAGCUCCAAGCUGCCGAUGUCUCUCAUCAUCAUCGGGGUCGGCAAUGCAGACUUCAGCAUGAUGCAGGAGCUGGACGGAGACGAUGGGGUCCUUCGUGCUCCGAGUGGAGAAGCGGUGAAGCGUGACAUUGUUCAGUUUGUGCCGUUUCGGGAGUUCAAGCAGGUGGGUGAGAGUACAGCAGCUGAAUUAGCGAGACACGUGCUGGCUGAAGUUCCUAAACAAGUCACGGACUACUACAAGAUGAGAGGCAUUCCACCAAAUAAACCUCCCCAGGUGCCUUCUCGGCCCCCUCCCCCUGCCGCUGGUCAGCAACCCCCGGCACCAAACCAGACCGCUCCUCAGAUGACCACACCAAAUACAACUUAACAAGCCAGUGGACUGUGCUUAUUACUGGGAGGGGGGAAUGGGGGGAGGCAGUAGCUCCCUCGGAACUCCCAUUUCAUACACCUACAUGUAUGAACAAGGAAGUGGACUGUGCUUAUUACUGGGACCAUUCAACGUGAGGAUCUAGUCUGGUGCUUGUAAAACUUUUAGAGUCUAGACUCGGGACUCUUAAUAAGAGUCUGAGAAGUGAACGUCCUGGCAAUGCAAUGCAAAUUGUAUGUGUGCGACGUCAUUAGAGAUUGAGUCAGGACUCGGGACUCUUAAUAAGAGUCUGAGACGUGAACGUCCUGGCAAUGCGAUGCAAAUUGUAUGUGUGGGACGUCAUUAGAGAUUGAGUCUGGACUCGGGACUCUUAAUAAGAGUCUGAGACGUGAACGUACUGGCAAUGCGAUGCAAAUUGUAUGUGUGCGACGUCAUUAGAGAUUGAGUCUGGACUCGGGACUCUUAAUAAGAGUCUGAGACGUGAACGUCCUGGCAAUGCGAUGCAAAUUGUAUGUGUGCGACGUCAUUAGAGAUUGAGUCUGGACUCGGGACUCUUAAUAAGAGUCUGAGACGUGAAUGUCCUGGCAAUGCCAUGCAAAUUGUAUGUGUGCGACGUCAUUAGAGAUUGAGUCUGGACUCGGGACUCUUAAUAAGAGUCUGAGACGUGAAUGUCCUGGCAAUGCGAUGCAAAUUGUAUGUGUGCGACGUCAUUAGAGAUUGAGUCUGGACUCGGGACUCUUAAUAAGAGUCUGAGACGUGAACGUCCUGGCAAUGCGAUGCAAAUUGUAUGUGUGCGACGUCAUUAGAGAUUGAGUCUGGACUCGGGACUCUUAAUAAGAGUCUGAGACGUGAACGUCCUGGCAAUGUGAUGCAAAUUGUAUGUGUGCGACGUCAUUAGAGAUUGAGUCUGGACUCGGGACUCUUAAUAAGAGUCUGAGACGUGAACGUCCUGGCAAUGCGAUGCAAAUUGUAUGUGUGCGACGUCAUUAGAGAUUGAGUCUGGACUCGGGACUCUUAAUAAGAGUCUGAGACGUGAACGUCCUGGCAAUGCGAUGCAAAUUGUAUGUGUGCGACGUCAUUAGAGAUUGAGUCUGGACUCGGGACUCUUAAUAAGAGUCUGAGACGUGAACGUCCUGGCAAUGCGAUGCAAAUUGUAUGUGUGCGACGUCAUUAGAGAUUGAGUCUGGACUCGGGACUCUUAAUAAGAGUCUGAGACGUGAACGUCCUGGCAAUGCAAUGCAAAUUGUAUGUGUGCGACGUCAUUAGAGAUUGAGUCUGGACUCGGGACUCUUCUGAGACGUGAACGUCCUGGCAAUGCAAUGCAAAUUGUAUGUGUGUGACGUCAUUAGAGAUUGAGUCUGGACUCGGGACUCUUAAUAAGAGUCUGAGACGUGAACGUCCUGGCAAUGCGAUGCAAAUUGUAUGUGUGCGACGUCAUUAGAGAUUGAGUCUGGACUCGGGACUCUUAAUAAGAGUCUGAGACGUGAACGUCCUGGCAAUGCGAUGCAAAUUGUAUGUGUGCGACGUCAUUAGAGAUUGAGUCUGGACUCGGGACUCUUAAUAAGAGUCUGAGAUGUGAACGUCCUGGCAAUGCGAUGAAAAUUGUAUGUGUGCGACGUCAUUAGAGAUUGAGUCUGGACUCGGGACUCUUAAUAAGAGUCUGAGACUUAACGUCCUGGCAAUGCAAUGCAAAUUGUAUGUGUGUGACGUCAUUAGAGAUUGAGUCUGGACUUGGGACUCUUAAUAAGAGUCUGAGACGUGAACGUCCUGGCAAUGCAAUGCAAAUUGUAUGUGUGUGACGUCAUUAUAGAUUGAGUCUGGACUCAGGACUCUUAAUAAGAGUCUGAGAUGUGAACGUCCUGGCAAUGCAAUGCAAAUUGUAUGUGUGUGACGUCAUUAGACAUUGAGUCUAGACUCGGGACUCUUCUGAGACGUGAACGUCCUGGCAAUGCGAUGCAAAUUGUAUGUGUGCGACGUCAUUAGAGAUUGAGUCUGGACUCGGGACUCUUAAUAAGAGUCUGAGACGUGAACGUCCUGGCAAUGCGAUGCAAAUUGUAUGUGUGCGACGUCAUUAGAGAUUGAGUCUGGACUCGGGACUCUUAAUAAGAGUCUGAGACGUGAAUGUACUGGCAAUGCGAUGCAAAUUGUAUGUGUGUGACGUCAUUAGAGAUUGAGUCUGGACUCGGGACUCUUAAUAAGAGUCUGAGACGUGAACGUCCUGGCAAUGCGAUGCAAAUUGUAUGUGUGCGACGUCAUUAGAGAUUGAGUCUGGACUCGGGACUCUUAAUAAGAGUCUGAGACGUGAACGUCCUGGCAAUGCGAUGCAAAUUGUAUGUGUGCGACGUCAUUAGAGAUUGAGUCUGGACUCGGGACUCUUAAUAAGAGUCUGAGACGUGAACGUCCUGGCAAUGCGAUGCAAAUUGUAUGUGUGCGACGUCAUUGGAGAUUGAGUCUGGACUCGGGACUCUUAAUAAGAGUCUGAGACGUGAAUGUACUGGCAAUGCGAUGCAAAUUGUAUGUGUGUGACGUCAUUAGAGAUUGAGUCUGGACUCGGGACUCUUAAUAAGAGUCUGAGACGUGAACGUCCUGGCAAUGCGAUGCAAAUUGUAUGUGUGCGACGUCAUUAGAGAUUGAGUCUGGACUCGGGACUGUUAAUAAGAGUCUGAGACGUGAACGUCCUGGCAAUGCGAUGCAAAUUGUAUGUGUGCGACGUCAUUAGAGAUUGAGUCUGGACUCGGGACUCUUAAUAAGAGUCUGAGACGUGAACGUCCUGGCAAUGCGAUGCAAAUUGUAUGUGUGCGACGUCAUUAGAGAUUGAGUCUGGACUCGGGACUCUUAAUAAGAGUCUGAGACGUGAACGUACUGGCAAUGCGAUGCAAAUUGUAUGUGUGUGACGUCAUUAGAGAUUGAGUCUGGACUCGGGACUCUUAAUAAGAGUCUGAGACGUGAACGUCCUGGCAAUGCGAUGCAAAUUGUAUGUGUGCGACGUCAUUAGAGAUUGAGUCUGGACUCGGGACUCUUAAUAAGAGUCUGAGACGUGAACGUCCUGGCAAUGCGAUGCAAAUUGUAUGUGUGCGACGUCAUUAGAGAUUGAGUCUGGACUCAGGACUCUUAAUAAGAGUCUGAGACGUGAACGUCCUGGCAAUGCGAUGCAAAUUGUAUGUGUGCGACGUCAUUAGAGAUUGAGUCUGGACUCGGGACUCUUAAUAAGAGUCUGAGACGUGAACGUCCUGGCAAUGCGAUGCAAAUUGUAUGUGUGCGACGUCAUUAGAGAUUGAGUCUGGACUCGGGACUG